GAUACCACCGGCAAUUGGUAAUUUCCUAGAAAAAUGUCUCCGCGGUCACGGAAAUUUCGAUCUUUAGGGUUUUCUUUCUUCGGCACUUUCCUAGCAAGUUUAGGUUGAACUAUGCGGACGAAUAGCCCGCCUUCCUCCUUUCUUCAACCCUGAAACCCCUGUUUGUUCUGAAGAAAUUAGUUUUGUUUAGCCAUGAGAGUGAAGAUUUCAUUAAGUGCAGAAACCCCUAUCUUCCUCAAGACAAAUAGCUUGCCUUACUCUUUUUUCAGUGUAGAAGCCCCUGUUGGUUCUGAAGAAAUUGGCUUUGUUUAGCUAUGAAACAUGGCAUCGGAACUCUCCGACAGCGCUGAUAUCACCAGCAAUGAGAUUGAAGAUGGCUUCUUCAAGAAAGGGAAGACCAGAAAUGUUAGCGAAGGCGGCCUCACCAAGAAAAAGAAGAUCAGAAAUGAUAGUGAAGGUGGCUUCAUCAAGAAAAGGAAGGCAGAAGCUGCUGUUAUAAAAGCAGAUCAGAUCGACACCAUUCAAUUAAGUAGCGGGGAAUAUUCUCAAGCUCGGUGUUUGAUCGCGAAAACAACAAAUUCACCUAGAAACAAGUCCUGUCAAUCGAACAAACCAUACAGCAGUGAGCGGAAAGAUGUAUUUCUCAGUCACAGUGGUAAGCAGAAAAAUUUUGUUAGGCAGCUAUACAGAGACCUCACAAACCAAGGCGUCUCCUGCUUCUUUGAUCAAGAUCGUGAAAGCUUGCCACUGGCAGAACAUUUCCCCUCUCGUAUAUUUGAGGCCGCUAAGACAUGCAAAGUAGCAGUUUUGCUCCUCUCGAAGGAUUUCCUCGAGUCAAAGUGGCCCAUGCUAGAACUCUCUGCUUUCGUGGAAGCCAGAGACACAACAAAUCCCAAUCUCAAAAUUUUACCGCUGUUCUUCAGGAUUUCGCCGGAUGCUCUUAAAAACACUGAGGAAAACGACAAAAAUUGGCAACAAUUGGAGAUAUCCAGUGAAACGCCGGCAGAAUGGCACCAAGCUUUGAGAGCGAUACGGGGAAUUAAUGGGUUACCGUUCGCUGAAGGUGGCGAUGAAGUGAAGUUUAGAGAUGAAAUAGUGAAAGAAAUCUGGCACAUACUUCCAACACCCUCCCCAAGGUAUCAUGUCCGUGGUAUGCAAGGAGAAGCACGAAUGUGUCAGGAGGUAGCCAAUUUCUUCAAUGAAGUUCAGCCCAUCAAAAAUGGAAUCCGUAUUGCAGGAUUGUAUGGAAUAGCAGGUCACGGGAAAACUACACUCGGCAAGGCUUUCUGUAACUUUAAACUGGUAGACUUUGAAGGUAGAGUAUGCCAUCUGGAAUUUUCUAGAGGCGAUCCAUUCGAAAGAACAAAACUUGCCCUGCAGUAUCUCACUCACCGCCCUCAUUCGUAUAUGCAAACAUUGACAAACCUAGAUCAGGCAAAAGUUGAGUUAUAUAAAAGAGUGGAGGGCAAAAGGGUAAUGUUGGUUCUCGACAAUAUCACAGUAGAAAGCAUAGAGGAAGUGAUGUAUUAUCUUGAGGCAGACUUUGGAGGAAACAGCUGGAUCCUUUUGAGCGCUCGGAGUGGAGAUGUUCUAGCAAAGAAUUUCCAAAUAGAUGAGCUGUCAUGCAUGCACGUCCCAAGGCUUAAAAAUGAAGAGGCUAUAACACUCUUAUUGCAAAGGGCGUGUCCAGUAGGGUCAAAUUUAGGGGCAGAGAACAGAGAAUUUGCUUUGAAGUGUGCAAACAGAUGUUUGUUCAAAGAGAUCAGUUGUGACAAUGUUCCGAGAGCUCAAACAUUUCAUCCGUUGGCCGUGAAAGCUUUUGGCGGCUACCUGUUUAGCAAAUACGGUUCGAAUUUGUCAAAAUGGGCUGCUGAGGUAGAUGGGAUGGUAGACAAAGCCCUUGAUGGUUUGGAUGAAGUGUUCGCUCUGCUGGGCAAAGCUUUUGAUGACAUGCCUGCCAAAUACCGCACCAUAUUCAUGCUUCUCACUGUGUAUAUGCUGCCCAAUAUGUCUGUCGACAAAGUUAUUGAAUGGAUGGCAAUAAAUUGCAAUGCAAAGAUCACGUUUAUUGAAAAAGCAGUUCAGGAUCUACGUGAGGCGGCAUUUAUUGAAGAAUUUGAACCUGAAAUUCGCAUACACGAUCUAUAUAUUGAGUUCGCUCAAAGCAAAGCAGAUAAAAUGGAGAGAUGGCUGUGGUGGAAGGAGGACCUCCAAUAUGAUCCACGUGGAUUAAUUUCAGAAGAUAAAGACGGGUUCGAAUUAGCAAAGUUGGAGCAAUGCAGGUAUGAAACGAUCGAACUGGAGUACGUUGGAAAUCUAUUUGUGCUUCAGCUCGUAGAUGUACAGGAUAUGAGCACGGUUGACUUGGGCCCAAUGAACAAGCUCAGAAGUAUCACAUUACGCGAUUGCAAAGUCCUGGAAGCACUUGACGGGAUGGAAAAGUUGCGUGACCUGGCGUGGCUUCAGAUAAUAGGGGUAAAUCCAAUGUUCAAAACUCCCGAUCUAAGUAGACUCAGAAGGUUACAACACCUUGAGAUCAAUAUUGCAGGCAGCCAUGUGCCCGAUCAGCUGGGAGAUCUUACCCAUUGUUCUCGUCUCAGAGAGAUUUAUGUUAUCUGUCCACACCUCUUGGAGUUCCCAAGGUUAAAGGGUAUGAAGAAUUUAGAGAAAGUGGAAUUUAGUUUGUGUGACGAAGUGAAGGGGCCCCUGGACUGUACAGAUUGUGUUAAGCUUCAAACUAUUGUCCUCAAUGAUUGCUGCCAGAUGACUGCCUCACCGCUCCUCAGUGGAUGCAAGAAACUAUCCAAGCUCAUUUUGUCGAAAUGUGAUGCAGUGACAGCUUGUCCUGAUGUAGAUGCGCCAAGUGCUUUAAAGACACUGGAGUUGUCCAUUUCAUCAAAAGCUGCUACGGAGCCUAAAAAUUUACAGUUCUUUUACGAACUAGAAAAUCUUCAACUAUAUAAUAUGGGGGGACUAAUAGAGCUUCCGAGUUUCAAAAGAUUAUCAAAUUUGACUCUGCUGGAACUUGUCAAGUGUGCUAUAAGAGAGCCCCCAGAUCUUACAGUUUGUGACAGGUUGGAGAAUGUUUACUUUUUUCAACUAAAAAAUUUAGUGAGAUUUCCCACCUUCUCAACACUAAAGGAAUUGAAGAAAUUAAGUUUAUGUGACUGCACCAGUGUUCAAGAUCCUCCGGAUAUUGAUGGAUGCCAUAAAUUACAGGUGUUUCAUCUUCUAUACAAUAAUUGUAUGAAAGGACUUCCAAAGAUGGAUAAGUGCGCACAAUUAGAGGAAAUCCAAGUAAGUUGGUGUUCUCCGGGUGAGGUCCAAUAUCAGGGAUUCAAUCCCUACAGUUGUCAAGCCGACGACGAUCUUGAAUUUUGUCUGGAACACUUUAAAGACGAGAAGUUCGGGAAGAUAAGUAGUGUAAGCAUGCCAGAAGCAUUACAACAGUGGGAGUGGCUGAAGGGCAAGCCAAUGCUGGUGAAACGGUAUUUCCGUGGACUGUGGCUCUAUUACUCUCUCACAGCUCCGUAUGAAGAUGGACCAUCGAAGGAAUGCAAAAAAAAAACAAUUAUUCUAGGAAUGAUGAAUGGCGAAGUGACGCCUUCCCCGACAACGGCCAAAGACUCUCAAGAUCAGUAUUGGUUGAAAAAAGUGGAAGGGUAUUUUGCUGCACAGAAGGAUAUUGCGUCUGCAAUUGUCACCUCAGCUUCCCCAGACAUUGUGGAAAAUAUCUCUCUCGUAAUUCCACUCUCACCAAGGUAUCGUGUCCCUCCCAUGCAAGGAGAAGAGCGCAUGUGCCAGGUAGUUGCAGAUUUCUUUAAAACUGUUAAUCCAAAUGAAAAAGGAAUCCGCAUUGCGGGAUUAUAUGGAAUGCCAGGCCAGGGGAAAACUGCACUUUCCAAGGCUUUCUGUCAACGUAGUUUAAGUAUUUUCGAUGGAAAGGUAUGCUAUUUGGAAUUUGGUGGAGGUAGUACAUCGGAGAGGAUAAAACUUGCCCUGCAGCAUCUCACUGAAUCGGCAAUGCCAAAUCAAAGCGUUGCAUAUAAUUUAUUCAGUACAUUAGCAAAGGGCCAAAGGGUAUUGUUGGUUCUCGACAAUGUGACCGACCAAAACAUAGAGGAAGUGAAAUAUUAUCUUGGAACAGACUUUGGAAAAGACAGCUGCAUCCUUUUGAGCUCACGAAGGCUACAUGUUCUAGAAAAGUAUUUCGAAAUUGACUGGAAGUCAUGCAUGCAUGUUCCAAGUCUUCAAGAGACAGAGGUCAUAGCCAUAUUGUGGGAAAGGAAGCCUUCCCGGACGUCAGGAUUUUCAGCAAAACUAGAGAACAAAGAUUUUGCUUUGAAGUGUGCAAAGAAAUGUUCAUUCAAAGACGAGAGAGGAUAUGUUCAAUUUCAUCCGUUAGCUUUGAAAGCUUUUGGCGGACAAUUGUUCCGCAAUCUGUCUAGUCUUUUCUUAAAUUGGGCUGCUGAUGGAGCUGGCGAUGGUUCAAACGACGUGUUUGUUGUGCUGGACAAAGUUUUCGAUUGCAUGGAGUACAAAUGCCGCAUCAUAUUCAUUCUUCUAACUAGACAUAUGCCACCCAGUAUGCCUACCGAAGAAGCUCUUCAGUGGCUAGCAAGAAAUUGCAACGUAGAGAUCAAGUAUAUUAAGAAAACAGUUGUGGAUCUAUGUGAGAACGCUUUCAUUGAAGAAAUUGAACCUGAAAUUCGCAUUCACGACCUCUUAAAGGAGUUUGGUCGUAAUAAAGACGAGGACGACAUAUUAGCUUUUUUAAACGUUAAGGAAUACAUCUCUCACGUAGAUCCACUCCAAUUGAGGUAUCCCGUCCCUCCCUUGCAAGGAGAAGGGCGAAUGUGCCAGGAGGUUGCAGCUUUUUUCAACAAAGUGAGUCCAAAUAAAAAAGGAAUCCGCAUUGCAGGAUUAUAUGGAAUGUCGGGCCAGGGGAAAACUAUGCUUGCCAAGGCUUUCUGUAACCGUAGUUUGAGGACUUUCGAUGGUAAAGUAUGCUAUCUGGAAUUUUGUGGAGUUAAUAAAUUGGAGAGGCUAAAACAUGUCCUGCACUAUCUCACUGAACUGCCAAUGCCACUUAUCGGAUCGGUAACAAAUGACGAUGAGGCACGUCGUUUCUUCAAUACAUUAGUAAAGGGUAAAACUGUAUUGCUGGUUCUCGACAAUAUCUCAGAAGAAAGUAUAGACGAAGUGGCAUAUUAUCUUCAGGCAGAGUUGGGAGAAAACAGUUGCAUCCUUUUGAGCGCUCAAAGUGUUGAUUUACUGGUAAAGCAAUUCAAUAUAGACUCACGGUCAUGCAUGCGCGUCCCAAGCCUUACAGAGACAGAGGCCAUAGCCAUCCUGUGGGAAAGGAAGCCUUCCGUGGCGUCAGGGUUCCGAGCGGAGGAGAGACAGUAUGUUUUGAAUUGUGCAAGGAAAUGUUCAUUUGAAGAGAACACAGGUUCUGCUGCAUUUCAUCCGUUAGCUUUGAAAGUUUUUAGCCGACAAUUGUUCCUUAAACAGUCUAAGCAUUUUUCAAUUUGGGCUGCUUCAUGUCAUCCUUUAGAUAGAGGUGGCCGCCAUGUUUCAAAUAACGUGUUCGAUAUGCUGUACAAAGCUUUCGCUUUAAUUGAGGACAAACGCCGCACCAUAUUCAUCCAUCUCGCUAGACAUAAACCACCCAAUAUGUCUACCACAGAAGUUUUUAACUGGCUAGCAAAAACUUGCAACAAUGAGAUCUGGUAUAUUGAGGAAGCGGUUAAGGAUCUAUUUGAGAGCGCUUUUAUCGAAGAAAUGGAACCUGAAAUUCGCAUACACGAGCUCAUGAAGGAGUUUGCUCAAAUGACUAAUAAAGACGAGUACGCUAAACCAGGUUAAGGAUCUAUUUAAGAGCGCUUUUAUCGAAGAAAUGGAACCUGAAAUUCGCAUACACGAGCUCAUGAAGGAGUUUGCUC